ACCAUCGAGCAAGUUGUGAGUUUAAAGCUAACGCGGGAGUCGAGCUUCGCCUGUCGUCCCGCCUGCUGCGUCGACCUGUUCUCCUCACGUGCCUGCACCACACUGCCGCCCACGGCCGCCCACCACCCUACACUCAACCCUGAGACUUUGCAGUACAGCCCCAUUUAAAUGUCUCCAAUGAUUCCUGAUUGCGGGGUCUUGACAUCUCCACGCAAUGUUCCUUCACUCAAGUUGCUUGAAGAGGGUGUGAAAGCCACAGCUCUAGCUAGCUUAGCCCAGAAAUCGCCUCGCUCUACUGAUUUCUCAUUUUGCACUCCGUCAAGAUCUUCAGAAAUAUCAGGAGUGACCCUUAGUUCAGGAUUUAGCUUUGGGUUUUAUACUUCACCAAAGAACACUUUCAGUUCCUGUCGUAGGGUUGAGCCUCUACCCAGCUAUAAAGCCAUGAAGCGACCCAGAGACGGUAUCAAUAAAGGUGUUGGCCACAAGAUAAAAAAACCAAAGCUGAAAGCAAAGGAAAAGAUAAAGCAGGGAAGAAGCAGUGUCAAGACUGUGGUCAAGCGAUUGAAGGAAGGAAAAUACACACCACAUCUACCCUCCAAUCGUAGCCCAGUGAAGUUUACAUCAUCCGGAGAGAGAAAGAAACGCCAUGUGCUGUCAUCUCCAGGCAUAUCAUUAUUAGAUAUCCCGGAGCCAGAUGACAGUUUCCUGACACCAUCGAGGAAUGGACGGUUCUUCACGAGUCGGUCUCGUGCUGCUGCUACUGUUCAAAUAGGCAAGAGUAUAGUGCUGGCUGCUAGGUAUGGAGACGUGUCUUUGAAACAACGUGCAGGAACAUUUGUGAAGAAAAAUGUUGGUCGCCAGGUAGAACAACAACUGCAUCAGUAUCUGGAAUGGUCCAGUAAAUCUGAAAGGAUGAAUGAGGUCCUGUCCUUACCUUCAGUGCAGGCAAAUCCUCGACCAUUUCCAACCCGUGUGCCAUCUAGUCCCUCUCCUACAAAACGUCCCACUCGACGAAAAAUAUCAAGAACACCCUCGCCUCAGAAAUCUAACAAAGUUAAUUUGGACAAGAAAAUGAAUGUUGCUAUUGACUCGGUUGGAGAAGAACUACAAGAUCUGGAAUCUGUUUUCAAGGAAAUGGAUAAGAUGGACAAACUACCUACUGAAAAUAGAGCUUCAGUAACUAAUCAGAUAUUGGAUGAUGUGCCACUACGCAGGUCUCCAAGAAAGUUAGGUCAUACAGCAUCUCAUGGUGGAUCACCCUAUAAAUUGAAACAAACAGAAUCUCCAAGAAAAUCUCCAAGGAAAAUGGAAAAUAAAACUUCACAAAAGAAUCUUAAAGGGGAAAGUACUAGCACAUCUACUCCAAUAAGACCUUCAACGCGACCCCAAGGACAGUCUAGUUCAUCAAUAAAGAAGUCCCCAAGAAAAAUAAAAGAUACAUCAUCAUCGGCAAAAAAUGAAAUGAAUGAAAGGGUUGUAUCAUCUUCAAAGAAGUCUCUCUCUCUAAAUAGUACUAAAGAAUCUAAGUUUUAUUCCAUUUUUGAUCCAAAAAGAAGACAAGCAGACCAGAACAUCUCCAUCAACAAAUCUAAUAAAUGCACUAGGCAUUCAUUCGUGGAUAAAGAGUCUUCACAGAUGAUGAUUGAUGCAGGACAAAAGAAGUUUGGUGCUGAGCAGUGCUCUCUGUGUGGCACUGUGUAUGAGGUGGGAAACCCAGUAGAUGAAGCCUCUCACAAUCUUCACCAUGAUAACUUUGUUAACUCUGUCAAGUUUUCUGGUUGGAAAAGGGAGAGGCUAGUACGUGACUUGGAUCAUCUGGGUGGUAGAGUUGUAAUGGUAUCCUCUGAAGAUCCUCCGCACUACUGGCGCAAAGUGGAGGAGAUGUGCGAAAUAGUUGAUGCUGAGCUUGGCUUUUCUGGUAAAAAACCUAAAAGUGGGGAAGAUAUUAAGGCAUUCCUCUAUAUCUUGGAGCGCAGAAUUGUUGGUUGCCUUAUUGCCGAGAGAAUUAGCAAUGCUUAUAAAAUUAUUCCGCAUGCGUUACUAAAGCCAGGGCUAUCACAUCCAGCUUGUUGUUCAGAAACUCCAUCAAAAGUGUGGGCUGGUGUCAGUCGUUUGUGGGUUUUGCAAUCGCAGCGAGGAAAAGGUAUUGCUUCUACACUAGUAAAUUCAAUGAGAGACAAUAUGAUUACAAAUUAUUUCUUGAAAGUUGAUGAAAUUGCAUUCUCUGAUCCUACUGAAAAUGGUUUAGCAUUUGCAGAAAAGUAUACGGGUAAAGCAGAUUUUCUUGUCUAUCGUCGAGAAUGCCUUGAAGUCACAAAGUAAAAAAUACAAUCUGAGCUUUUAAAUUAAAAAAAAAAAAUGCACAAUUAAAUUUAGGUUGAGUUGUUGGACUUUGUGAAAAUUAGAUAUAUUUUCCAUAAUUUUGCAGUUUGUUUAGUUCCUUUGUCUUUCAUCAUAAUUUUCAGAAUUCUUAAAUUAAUUAGCAAGUAGCAAGCAUGAUUCAAAGUAUACUUUUUAUUUAAUGUGGAAUGAGUUUUCAUAAAACCUUAUGCAGUUAAAAGCAAAUGUUAUAAAGGAACUAUUAAUUACUAUAGUCAGCCAAACAUGUGGCGCUCUGGUAAUCGCAGAGUUUGUGUACAACUCCAUGAAGUAUUCUUACACCUGCACAAACCUUGUGGAUUAUAUGGAAAGAUAAAAGUUGGAAUCAAAGACAUUUGCAGGUGUUUUAAUAGCUUCAAAUUAUAGAGGAAGAGUUUUUUGAAUAAAUAAAAUUUAAAUACAGAUUGUUUCACUUUGUAUUGUGAUGUGCUAUUAACUUUGCAAUGUGAAACUCUUUAUAUUUCGCAAUACAGUAUAUCUUGUUUUUUUUCUUAUAAAUAUUCCAUAUUUUGUUUAAAAUAAAAGAAUUAUUUUAUUGUACCUUUACUCUAUUCCUAAUAUUAUUGCAUUUUAAAUUGAAUAUCCAUACAUUUAUGAAAAU